CAUUGUUUAUUCAUACGUAUUUUAGCUUCUCUGGUUUCAUAAAUUUGGUGAAUAAUACUUUUCCUCGUUUUCCUGUAUAACCUAUUCAAAAUUAAUAUCUUGCUCUAAUGAUUUCAAUGAACCUCUUACUAUUUUCAAGAGCGCGGUAUAUUGUAGUAAUGAAUCUUUCGUUCACCAUACCCUUCACCUCAUACUACAUUCGGUCAGUCCACAAACUUCUCUUCGCAACAACUCCUUUCAUAUUUCUUUUUUGAAAGAGAGAAAGAAAGAAAGAAAGAAACCAAAGUCAGAUUUAGGUCUUCCAGUGUUGCUCAAAUCGAUUCUGUAUUCGUGCAGAUUUGUCAUCGGUUUGAACAUACAUAUAAUCAAGCUGAAGAUAGUAUUCCUGAAAAAUUUGCACUUUUGGAGAGGUAGUGGUGGACGUAAGAACGAUAUGAAGAAGAAAGAGUUGAAAAAGCGAAAGGAUGAUGUGAAAGUUGCUUUGAUAAAUUCCGACUUGGACGAUUUAUCCCAAUGCGGUAGAACGGGACAUGGGUUUCUUAUGAAAAGCUUUCGAAAGCCAGCUUGGACCCUUCUGUGUGGAAUUUCUCCGCGGGACAGAAUGGAAUGCCUCGCGAAAUCGGCGGUUCAAUCCUCCUACGCAGAUCAAGUUCAAGUCCUCUUGGAUUCAGAGCGUUCUUUUUUCCAAUAUAGGCUGAAUCCAAUUUUACUUCGGAAAUAUCGUUCACAACUCAUCAAAUUACUAAGCACUCUAUUUAAGCGCUACCCAGAGCUUUGCUACUAUCAAGGUCUUCAUGAUAUAGCUCAGAUUGUGUUGCUUACGGUCCCUUAUUCUCAUGCACUUCCAUUAAUGGAGUACCUAAUGUUUCACCGUCUACGAGAUUUUAUGCUUCCGACUCUCGACGCCACGAUUAAGCAGCUACACCUCGUUUUGGAGAUUAUUCGAUACCGUGACUUCACACUAUACGAGUAUUUGAAAAAGGCCGAUGUCCAAUGCUAUUUCGCAUUAUCUUGGCUCAUUACGUGGUUUGCUCAUGAUAUCUCUGACAUUUCUGUUGUAGGCAGAUUGUUUGACUUUUUUAUAUCCUCCCAUCCAUCUGCGGUUGUGUAUACCUGUGCUCAGAUUGUUAUAGACGAUCGAAAGAAAAUAAUAGACCUUUUAUUGGACAAUAAUGGAGCAGAUAUACUCCAUACUUAUUUGUGUAAAUUACCAUCGAAAGUCCAUGUUGAACAGCUCAUCCAAAAUACUUGCGCGACAAUGUCUAGUGUCGAUAUCACUUCCUUGCCGCUGGAUAAGCUUAAUAUAUCUCGUUUUAGCUCCCUUCGGAAUCAAGGUCAGCCUUGGGAAUACUCCCUAGAUAAGAACGGUAUAGUUGUAUUCCGACUACUACGUGCUGAUCAUCACGACAAUGGCAUUUUUAAACAGGAUUGGAAAUUACCAUUAUUUUUACACGAGAAUAUAUUUACUGGAUGUAAUAUGAUAACAGCAAUAACAGUUAUUGGUGUUGGUAUCGUGGCCUCUCAACUAAUGCCAAAGUUUUCUGCUAACUAAUGAACGAGGUCUCUUCCAAUCUCAGUUUCCUAAGAUGCGGAUUUUUUGUAUCCAACUUUUCAAUCUUCUUCUUAAUUUAAUACUCUACUACUUAUUUAAUUUGGUUCAUCUUUUAAUCCCGCAUUUGAUUGAUCAUAAAAUUCUGCCAAAUAGCGUCGGUAUUUACUUUUGUUUCUUUGCAAUGUCUUUUUUUCUGGAAAUGGUUCAUUCUGGGCGUCUUUUGUUUUUCCUUUUUCAUUAUCGUUAGUUUUUUACUAAUAUUCUUUUUUUCGUUCUGGAAAUCCAUAAUGAAUAGUUAUCCAAUUGAUAUCUAAUAAUUUUGCAUUUAGGAUUGUUAAUUAUAUAAAUAUCUGUGUUCAAAUGUUAUAUGAGAAAGACAAGAGCACGCUUUUAGAUUGGUAAACUACUGCUUGGUUCAUUAUUCAGUUACAUUUAUCCUCUCACAUGAAAGUCAAAAUAUACAAAGAUAUUCAAUAGACUAUUUAGAUAGCAGGAUAUAAGUCAUUUCUUCGUAGCAAGGGAAUAAACUUUCGUACAUGUUGUACGAGGUUUAAAUCAACGUCAGCGAAAAUGAGGCCAUUAGGAGAUGCAAGAUCACUGUAUUGAGCAACAACAGUCCCUAAAAAUGUUAGUAAAUAAAUUAAUACCUUCAAAAAUACGAGGCUAAGCUGACAUACCCCAAGGAUCGACGAUCUAUAGAUAACGACUAGGUUAGUAAAUUACACAUAUACAAAUAUAAAAGUGCGUACCAUUGCAUGACCAUAACUAGCCCUUUUCUCGUUGUGGCUACCACCUUGAGCAGGAGCAAAAAUGUAAGAUUGAGCAUCAAGCGCACGAGCCCUAAGCAAAACUUCCCAAUGCGCAGCUCCUGUCUUUUGUGUAAAGGCACUUGGGUAUGUUAUUAUAUCUGCACCCAAGUUACGGAGCUUCAAGGCAUGCUCUGGAAAUCGCAAAUCAAAACAUAUAGCUGAUCCGACUUUUCCUAAUGAAGUCAGAAAAGGAGGAACGAUUGCGUUUCCAGGUACAGUACUAUUUGACUCCUUCAAAACAGGACCGUUUGCAAUAUCAACGUCGAAUAAAUGAGCUUUGCUGUAUCGCUGAACAAUUCCCUUGUCGGGCUCGAUAAGAAGGGAGCUGUUUAGUAGCUUGUUUUCGAUAGGGGAAGGUUCAUGGACUCCAAUCUAUAAGAAAGAAAGUAAGAAAAUAAUAGAUUCAAAAAUAAACACGGAAUUUACAUACCUGUACGCAAAUCGAAUGCUGUUUGGCUUCAGCGCAUAUUUGUUUCACAAAAGCUGAACAGUCUGGAUGACAACUUAAUUCUAAA